CUUUUUCCAGCAUUUUCCUGCAACUUUGACAACGGUCGUCUCUGUCAAGGAAUUAAACAACUCAAAGAUGAUAAGUUUGACUGGACUUUAAGAAAAAUCAGCACUCCUUCAGGAGGCACAGGGCCUAAUACUGACCACUCAGGCAAAGGUCAGUUUAAACGCUGAAAUAUUUUCUAAAUACGCGCUUGAUCUUAGAUUCUGAAUAGGUUUCAUAGGCAUUUUCUAACCAAACAUACUUAUGUCUCCUUCAAAUUAAGGCACCGUUUAUAUGGAGAAAGGUUGACCCGAGUAGAAGCUACCCUUGGCUACCAGAGUAACCCUGGGCGAGUCAACUUUUCAUAUAUUUCGUUACCAAAACAUGGCAAAUCGGUUACGUGAGAAAAAAAAUAGAUUUGGCUCGGCUAGAAGGCUUACUGGCCUCGCUAGCCGGGUCACCCUUUUGUGACGGUAGGGUCGCCCUCCAAACCGAAUUAACUUUUCUACAUGUAAACACUUUGGCUCGCUCAGCCAGGUCAACUCGGUCAAGGCGAGACAAUCAGAGCAUGCGCGAGUGCUGUUUGCUCGGACAAAGCUGCCAACUUUGUUCUCAUAUAACUGCUUGCUGAAAGUUGACUCGGCUUGGAGGAAGGCCCUUCUUCCAGGGAGAGGUUUUCUUCUUAUAAACGGAAUUUUGGGCUCUUUUGUUUAUUUAUAGGUUACUACAUUUACAUUGAAACAUCAAGUCCUCGCCUGCCAGGUGAAAAUGCAAGACUGGAGAUCAAGCCUUCGUUGGGAAAUGGUGCAACAUGUAUCUCAUUCUAUUACCACAUGCUGGGUAGAGACGUGAAUGAACUUAAAGUCCUUGUGAAUGGCAAGCAACAGCUUUCAAAAAAAGGAUCACAGGGAGAUAAGUGGAACAAGGCUGAAUUCAAAGUCCAAGAGAAAGCAACAUCCGUAAGAUUACUUUUGAUGUUAAUGAACCGCAUACAUGAUAUACAGUAAUUUUACUACUACGACCCAUCCUCGGAGACCCAGGGGCAGUCAGUCGGGUAGGGAGAAAAGGCGGGACGAAAGUUUUUAUUACGGACGAAAGAGCCGCUGGGUACCGACUCUCUCCGGAUCAUUUCCAAAACUUCAAGCGGAUGCCAGCUCUUGAUUGGGCACAAAAAAUGCUUUGUAUUAUUGUGCCCAAUCGGCGAACACAUCUUAAUGAGUUCUUUUCGUGUGUUCGUACAUGACGGCUAUUGUCUCGAUCACGACUUGUCUAGCUUACGCACCAAAGAAAUGCUCGCAGUCAGGAAACUUUCAGUUUGAUGUAAAAUCCUCAUCUGAUUCAACUCGCUUACUCUGCCAAAUGCAAGCAAACUCUUCUGAACCAUAUCAAAGUUCAUGGAGAGAAUGAUUUUGUUAUUGCUUGUUUACGUCCUUCACAAAACGUGAAAUUGGUCAUUCACGGGUAGCCGUGCAGUUGAAGGCAAAGAAAUGUACAAAAAAGCGUGAUGCACGUCCAAAAUUGUUGUUUUGUCUUGUCAAGCUAUUUGAAUUUCUCAUCGCCGCCGCAUCUUAAUUGUGAUCCGUCAAAAACAGAAUAUUCUCAGGGCAAAUUCAAUUGCUCUUGCUGAUAGUAACCCAAACGUUUUUUCAACUCAUCGGUAGCUCCUUUGUUUCUGGUUAGGAAAGUAGAAAAUAAAAGUUUCCCUUGUACGCAAAAGCUUGGUGAACGAACCGGGCAAGUGUGGCCUGACAAUAGCCGUCGUGUACGAACUCACGAAAAGAACUCAGGAGAAACAGUUCGCCGAUUGGGCAAAAUAAUACAAAGAAUUUUUUGUGCCCAAUCAGGAGCCGGUAAACGCUUGAAUUUUUGGAAAUAGUUCGGUGAUCAUGAGAGUCGUUACCCAGGGGCUCUUCCGACCUUACUUGAAAACUUUCGUCCCGCCUUUUUUCCCGACCCGACUGAUUGCCCCUGCGUCUCCGAGGAUGACUACGACCUUCAGGUUUUCUUGUGCAAAUUAGGGAUUUUGUUAUUUAAACCUCGCUGGGAUUCGCUGGGAUUACCAAAAUCAUAAAUAUAAAAGAAAAGACGAAAAGGAGUUUCUUUGAAGAAGAAAAUGACGCCAUCGUCAGCAAAUGGCCUAUUAUCUAAUAGGGCGCACGUAUAGGGGUAUCAGUAUUUCUGAACUAAGAAUUUUUGUAAUGACAAAAAAAAAAAAAAGAAAACUCUGUCAUAAUUGACUACUGUUUUAUGCAAGAUAAACUGUAUUUCUGAAAGGACUAGGUUUUUCUGAUGUUAACGAUAUUUCUCAUAGAAAAAUAGCUUGCAAUGAAAAAUACCUGAAUGUUACGAGAUAUAAUUAUUUUGCAGGUCGUUUUUGAAGGUGUUCGUGGAACAUCAUGGCAAGGUGAUAUUGCCGUCGAUGACGUCAAGAUAGAAAACUGUGGGGGAGGAGGAGGUGGAGGUGGAUGUGGUAUGUCACUCUCCCAGUUUGCAAUGACUUUUCCCUAGUCCUUUUCAGUGACUCUGCUCGAACACACAAAGACCGCUUUAAACGGAAACGUUUUUGUUAUUUCUGAGUUUCUUUACUGAUAGAAACUUUUGCAGAGGAAAAAAGCGUUUCAGAUGGUUUUAGGGCCGUGCUCUUCAACUUCACCUGCACAUUAACGAAGCAAAUAAAUUCUUAAUGACAGGAUAACAACAACCAACGACAAAUGCAUCAACAGCUCUCACCGAUCUUCCUCUUGGAAUUUUGUUUUUUUAGGUACUCCACCACCACCAAGUACACCAGCUCCUCCAUCAGGUCAGUAUUAUUUUACUCCAAAGGUUUCCAGCACUAAUAAUCAAGAAAAAGCCUUUAAAUCAAAAGUUAAGGAAUGCUGACAUGAUCAUUGGGAUUUGAGGUGACAAGAAUGCUAGAAAAUGGAAAUGGCAAAAAAAGUCACAAUGUUCGCACAUAUCAGCUUCCUCCCCUUUCAGACAAUACUGGAUUCUAGAUUGACUGGAAAUAGUUCUGGGAUGUCGAAUUUAUAAGCCUAAGUAAAUCUAAUUUAAUACCACAUUUGUAAAUGAGACAUUUAAGGGCAAUAACCCUAAGAGAAAGGAGUUGCUUUCUACAGUCAACCAAAUUAGAUUACUUAUGAAAUAAAUUCAUCUGGUAUGAGGAAAAAUCGUACAUUGCAGAAUGCUACGUAUACCCCAGCCGCGUUCCACCUUCAAAGCCGUAUAUCACAUGAAUCAUAAGUCGGUUAAGACAGUCUAAUAAUAAAGCUUUUAUGAAGGUAGCACUUAAUAUCUCCCGAUAAUCUACACAUGGCCCUCAGGUUCAAAAAGCUAUGUUUCAUAAGAUAAACUAAUUAAGGAAUUGCCAAGGAUUGUUCAUUACAAUUUGCAAACUUCAAUUCGCUUAAGUACGUCAAAGUAGAGCAGUCUUUCAACUCCUCAGGAAGCCUGUUCCACAAGCCUACAGCACCAACCAUAAAUCACCGCUGUAUAGCCUGAGGGUGGAGUGACUGGAUCACCAAUAUACUAAACCAAAUGUCCCAUCCCUCCUUCUCCUUCCGCCACAACUAUGAGUUUACUCUCCUGUGUUAUGUGCUCAUAGGUUCAUGCGGUAUUCGCCCAUCUACUCGAAUUGUUGGAGGCGUGGCUGCUAAGCAUGGAGGUUGGCCAUGGCAAGCGAUGUUAAGAACCAGUUCUAAUUUCCCGUACUGUGGUGGCACGCUCGUAUCUCCUCAGUGGGUGGUCUCUGCCGCUCACUGCGUCAGUGGAAAGUCGGCUAGCUCAGUCUUUAUUCGGUAUAUAUUGUCACCUUUUUUCUUAAUUCCACUCUUGAAAAAAUAUUUGCCACUUUAAAAACAAAAAAGGAUCUGGAGCCAAAAUACGGCCCUCAGUUGUAUGCAAGAUCGUUACUGUCACCCCAUACCACUUGUAAACAGUCCCAAAAGUCUUUGCGAAAGUUAACUCGGCCCAGCCUCCUUAUGGUUUUUAAAGUGGCGUCGGAUGCAGGAACAUUAUCCUAUACCCUUAGGUGGCAGUGUGGCUGAGAAGUAAGCGGUCAAACUCUUCCUGUUGUGCACCCAUGGUUUGAAUUUCGCCACCAGCCACUAGAUGGACUUGUUUCUUGGUUGUCCUAUUCUACGGUGCUGGUUUUUACUAUGCUCUGUAAGAUAUUGCCAGCUCCUAAGAUCGCCAUGAAAGCCAACUAUGUUUUUUUUUUCAUAGAAAAAAAAUACUUAGUGCAGGUACCUUAGCUUUUUAGGUAACAAAAACCACCUCUCGUAGGCGACCACCUCCCAUAAGCGACCACUUUCUUAAAACACCAAACAUGUUCUCAGUCAAAGCCUUAUACUGGAACCUCUCGUAAACGAGCACCUCCCGUAAGCGACGGCUGACUGUUUUAGAAUUUUCUAUCGUUUUCAACCUGCGGUAAGCGACCACUUGACACAUGGUCUUACUAAACAGUGACGAGUACAUUGUAAAAAUGGACAAAAAGGAAUUUAGUCUUUGGCUGUCAUUAUUGUCUACACAUCUAUUACUGUGUUUAUUAAGUACGAUCUAUAACAACAAUAUUAACCAUUACCCUUGAGAUGAAUACUCAGAUUUCCAGGUUUCAGUUUGAGAAGUUAAGUUUUUGUUCGUCAGACGGCUUAGGGACAUUUCUGUACAAGAAGUCACAUGCACAAGUAAAAUUUUUUAACCCCAAAUUUAUGACGCACAUUUCCGUAAAUAAACUGUCACAUAGAAUGGCUAAUGAUUAUGUCAAUAAAACUACCAGUAACUGGCAGGGGAAAGUAAACCUUCAUUACUUUUUUAGAAUAAAUAUACCACUCCAUUCUAGGUUGACUUAAAAAUUUCGCCCUUGCGUUCCGACUCUCGUAAGCGACCACCAAGCCUUUGCAUUUUGGGUGGUCGCUUACGGGAGCUUCGACUGUAAUCAAUCGUACUGGAUAAAAACAUCCAUAACUGGCCCGAGUCAGUUGGCUGUUUAAAAAACUGAUAAUAAUUACCAAAGCUUACAAGCAUUUCUGUUAAGUAUUCCAGACUCAGGACAACUUUGGACCACACAACACAAUCAAUGUCAGAAACACAGCAGGUAACAAGUGCUGAUAAGCAGAUGUUUUUCUUCGCAGGCUUGGUGCUCAUAAGCGAACAUCAGACGUUGGAACCGAACAGGAUUUCAGAGUCAGCAAGAUCAUUACACACCCAUCAUACCACCAACCUAAAAGGCUUAGCCAUGAUAUCGCCCUCUUGAAACUGGAACGACCUGCUCAGCUAAACAGGUUCAGUAUUUACCCUUCAUUUCAAUUCAGAAAGUCUUACUCAAAAAAGGUUUACAGCUAACAACCUAGCCUGCGCGCAGACGAAAUUAAACUCUGGUUAACUCCGUCUGCGAAACAGCGCCGAAAUCCUUGUUCUGGACUUCCAGCUGUGUACCCAGAUUUGAGUACGCGCCACGAUUGGCCAGUUAAAAAGGCCGUUGUUUUGUUUGUCGUGAUCGCCAAUCAGGUUGAAGGGGAAUUCGAAACGCACUUCCGGUAAUUCGUUGAGUCCGUUGGGGGUCCAGAACAAGGAUCUCUGCGCUGCUUCGCAGACGGUACUAAUCAGAGUUUAGUUAUCGUCUGCACGCAGGCUACUAACAACCAAGUCCGGUGUAGUUUUUUUAGUUCUUCUUGAGCAAAAAGGUUUUUUUCAUUUUUUUGUAAUAAUUAGUCACAGGCUUACUUACUGGGACUCAAAAUUGUUUCUUUGUUUCUUGUGGUGAGUUUCUAAUGGUGCGGCGGAAACCAUCGUUGGUCCGCUUGUGUGUUAUGGUGAGGGUACUGUUCAGUGAUUUGUUUGGUGAUUGCGUCCAUCUGAAAGAAACCAAGAAACUACCCUUGUGGUUGGAUCUUGAGCCCCGUGCAAACGGACGCAUCAUUGUUUGCUAACAUAACUACUAACAUUGUUGGAUGUUACAUGUUGUGUCCGCCUUGCACUCCCUGUUGCAUGUCGUUGUGUGUUGUUGGGAUUUGUUGUGCAAAGUUUGAAACCGGUCAAACUUUUAGAUAUGUGAGAAACGGACACAACAAUUCCCAACAAUGUUGCGUCCAUUUGCACGAGGUUUUAUCUCCGUCGUGAUUUUGUAUCAUUCAUUUGAAUUUGUAUUUGCUGCUUCUCAAAAUCUUUUCCAGGUACGUGAAUCAAGCUUGUCUUCCUCAUCAAGUUAACGCACCAACAGAUGGGAAGCGGUGUUGGAUUACAGGUUGGGGUAGACUUUCAUCGGGUGGGGCCACCCCCGAACUAUUACAGCAAGUAUCUGUUCCAAUAGUAAGCCGUGCCCGCUGUGACAAAGCGUACCCAAAUAAGAUCCACGACUCCAUGAUCUGCGCAGGUCUAGACCAAGGAGGUAUUGAUUCCUGUCAGGGAGAUAGUGGGGGACCAAUGGUGUGUGAAACUGGCGGGCGAUACUAUCUUCACGGGGCCACAAGCUGGGGAUAUGGGUGUGCUGCUAAAGGGAAAUUUGGUGUCUAUGCCAAAGUAAAAUAUUUGAUGUCUUGGAUCACGAAUGAAAUGAAAAAGAAUUGA